AGAUUUGUGAACAUUUUUUUUUUAGUUUGAAUUCAAGCAUUAUCGAGUUGUUAAUGUUGAUACUAAACCGGAUAUAUACUACCUAUUAAUUCAAAAAACAUAUGCUUCAGUUAGAUUAUAUAUUUCCUAAAAGCUUAUGAAAAAUUAUGUGUUGUUCAUGAAGGAGUACGUUCUACAGAUUGCAAUAGAAAACAAUUUAAUUUAGCAUAUCAAGAUUACAUUUAGUUCAAAAACAACGACAGGAUGCGGUUGUUCAGUAGGACACAGUGCAUUUUUAUUGUUUGGAGUGUUUUAAGUGCUUGUACAUAUGGACUCAGUGUGGACCUUUCGAGACUGAGGGAUCUUAGAAGGCCUUUUAUAUUAGACAAACGACCGGACGCUACAUGUACAGGUAAUCCUUGUCCAGCAUGGAAACCAUUCUUAUGCCAGUCGUCACAAGCAUGUAUAGCUUUAGACACCGUUUGUGACGGUCACCCCGAUUGUCCCGACCAUUUUGAUGAAGAUGAAGAACUCUGCAAUGCAAGAAAACGACCUCCAGUUGAAACUAUAUUUAAAUUUCUCGAGCGAAACCGUAAAUGGAUGAAACAGAAGCUAUUCAGUGGUGCAGACUUGGAGUUGGUUGCCCAUUCACUUGCAGUCUCAACAAACUUAGACGAUUUAUCAAUGAUGGUUGGACUCACACCACAAUCGGAGAAAAAUUUGAGAAAUGCAUUUAUCGGCGUUCUUCAAAACGACAUGCGGGCAUUGCUGAAACUCGGAAUGCCUAAAGGCGAAUGGUACGAUACAUCCAGCUUGCUGACACAGAUUGUGGACGGAGGACUAGAAGUUUAAUACAAAUAACACGUGACUUCCGGUUUUAAGAACCCGGAUUAAAAACCAUCAGAAGAUAGUAUAUAUUUUGUAUAAAAGAGUCUAUUAGUGUAAUUUUCGACAGCAAAUACGUUUAAAAUCGCUUAAUUUUGAAACAUCUGCUUUCAAACAUGAACAAUGCCAUAUUUAUGAAUAAAUGUUGUUUGUAUAUUUGAUGUUUAAGUGGUUUAUGCGUGUAAAUUGUUGUCACGGAGCAUGCGUCAUUAUAUAUAAUCUUCUAUUUAUAGGCACAAAAACGUGCCGUUUGAAAUCACCCUUUAUAAUUCGUUGCUUUAGCGUCUAAUCAAAAUGAAAACAAAGCAAAUCGUCAUUUUUAUUUAACUUAUUUUACCCAUUACUACGUCAUUUCUUUUACCAUCUCGAAAAAAAGAAUGAUUUUCAGCAAAUGCAUUCAAACUGUUCAGAAUUACUUCCGACACAAAAAAAUAUGGAAAUCUCAACUGAUUACAAUGACAGUAAAUUGGAAGGCAGCUGUUUUAUAUAUACUUAUAUAUGAAAUGUACAUAAUAAAAUUUUAAAGAAAUGACCCGGUAUUGAUAUAUUCAUACAAACGGAACCUGCGAUGUGUAAAUUAAACUUAUAUUACUGAACGAUAACAAUAUAGUUACCUUUAAAACUAUGAAUCAUUUGUUAAAGUCCUAGGUUUCAAGGGAAAUAUAUACAGUCCCAUUUCAACAUGAAAUUGGACUACUUUUGCCUUGAAAUAGCCGUAAAUAAUGGCAAUACUAGUGAAGAAAUUGCAACAUAUGUACAAGACAUCAAAUAAACACAAGAAAAACAUUCCAAAAUUGUAUUUCAAGGUUCUAUAUUCAGAUCUAAUUUUAUCGCAGCCCAUGUGACCUUCAGCAAAAUAAAUAUAAAAAAAACAUCAAAUUUCUAAAGAUAAACUUUUACAUGACAUCCAUUCAUGAUGUUUAUCCAUAUUUUUCACAUCGUACUGAAAGCUCUCUGUGAUUUCAUAUAUUUUGUUAAUUGACAUACAUUUUAAUUGUUUUUCUUAAGUUAUUCUUAAAAUCUCAAAAAGGUCGUACUAUCAAAAGUUAUCUAAUUUUGUUAUGAAUUUAUAAUCGACCGUUAUGGCCAUUACAAAUAAUGUUGGUUAUUUUAUUUUGUUAAUAAAUUCUUUUAAAUUUUUCAUUUAUUUAACGAAUUAACAUUUCAUAAAACAUUGAGAUGUAAAUGUCAUUGUGCUUAGGGAUAUGCAUGAAUGUGCAUCAUAAUUGUUUUUUUUUCUGUAUAUUAGAUGUGUUUCAUUUGACCAUUUAAACGUUUACUGAAAGAGAUAAUAUUUAAUUGGCGUGAAAAGACUAUAACUCGCUUAUGUUAUGUGGUUUUUUUUUGUCUCUGAGAAAAUGUGCCCUGUAAAUGAAUAUUUCAACUUCAAUUUUCUAUAGGUUUUCUAGAAUCGAGUCCUUUCAGGGUGAGAAUCUUUAUAAACUUUCCAUCAAAAAAAAUUACAAACUUAGUCUUUAGUGGUAAAACAAAAAUAAACAAAAUGUCUUUCUAAUUAUAAUAUAAAACAAAAUGUAACCAACUGUUACAGGUAUUCUGCUAUGAACACUUUAUCAAAAUAAUUCUAUAUAAUAUUUUUAUGAAAACAUAAUUUUAAAUAAUGUUUUGAUUUUAAACGAAAAUUCGAUGUUGGAGUUUUCAGAAUUUGGAGAUUUUGCUAAACUCUAGUAGAUAUUUUGAAAAUUUGCUGAUCUGCUUUGAGACGAAGUUUUUAAAUCUUUCCCCGGUGUAAUACCUAAGAAGAAAAUAUUCUUUAUUUUUUACAGAAUACUUUGUCAUAUGAUAUACUCUUGUGAGCAGUAAAUGCAUGACGUCAUCAUAUGAAUGAAUUAUAAUAACUGUUGUUAGAAUACGUCACGUGCAUUUUUAAUAUGUCAUCAUUCAUUUUUGUUCAUCCCAAUUGCAGUUUGUCUUAGAAAAGACUUUGUCCCACUUAAGAUAAAUUGCAUGGUAUACAGUUAAUGUUCUGUUUCGUUGAAAUUAUUGAUAAAUGUGAAAAUUUUGAAGAAGAAAAAAAAACAAUUUAAAAAAUAACAUGCACCAAAAAGACCAUUUUCGAAAUAACCAUCUUUAAUCCCAGAAAUUUUUAUGAUAAAGUGUUGGUCACUUGUUAACGAAAAUUUUAUUUUUUUCAAUUGAGCAGACUGAUCAAUAAUUAGAUAAAACGAAAAGCAUCAUAAACAAUCGUUUCACUAUUACAGUAUUUGUAAUACGCUACUAUCACCAAACAUCAGGAAUACUCGUAUAUUCAUAAUGUUGUUAGUUCUUAAUCUGUGUAUUUUAUCCUUACGAAAAUUUUAUCCUUACGAAAACGUAACCUAUAUAGUAUCAACGUAUAUAAUACAUUCUUUUGAUAAAUUUUGAAAAAAAAAUCCAAAUUUUCGUACAAACAAUUAAAAAUGUAGAGCAAUAAUAACUAUAUCUACAAAGUUAUUAAGGACAUAUUUUGAAGAAUAGUGGUCAGUCGAUCAAAAAAUGCAUGUUUAUUUGAUACAUAAUGUGGUCACAACAUCCGAGGGAUGCGACAAUAUUUUGUAAAGAAACCAUAAUAAAAUUUUAAAAUUAUACAAUUUUGAAAAUUCUUCUGAUAUAUCACCGGAAGUUGAUUUUAAUCACCAUUACAAGCAAUGAUAAGGUUUAUUUUAAUGCAUAUUGAGUUGUUAGACAAAGAUGUUUAUCGCUAUAUUUAGAUUUUAGUACUUUUAAACCAUGUUUGAAUGAUAAUUAAGAUAAUUUUAUUGACUAGAAUUGUACCUUCUUUUUCUCGUAUUAUUCUGUUUGGGUCCAGGUGAGCUGAAAUAUCUAUAAAGAAUCUGUUCCACUUUUAAACAUCAUAAUAAUUUAAUAAAGCAAGUUUAGAGAUCGA